AAGGAGAGAAUUCCCGGAAGGGAGACGACAGUUUCUUUUUCUGUAUGACAAUAAAAAAAGGUAAACAAGCCUCCAGAAGCUCAUUCAGCCCCCAUAUAACUUUUCCGAGAAAGAAACGGUGCCGUUCUUCCGAGCCCUCCGGUUUAACCACUGCUUCGGGGCUGAUUUAUUUCCUAAGUCUGAGAACUGCCAGAAAAUGAGCAAUAUCUGUUCUGAAGGCUGCAGGCUCUCUCCCCGCCCCCGCGGGGCGGCGCGCGCUCACCCACCAGCGCCGCAGCGGACCUUUGGCUUGGCUUGUCAGGGCUUGUCCAGGAGUUCCGCUCCUCUCUCCAACCGGGGUCCUCCUUCAGGGACCCUAAAGCUUCCCAAACUUCCGCUUCAAUUCCUGUCCGCCCCCCACACCCACCUCUACGUGGAGCACAGUGGUCUCCGAGGAGUGCCGGAACUGCCCCGCCUGCCCCGCGGGGUCAGCACUUUGCAUCAAGUCCCUAGAAAAGCGAGUCCUCCAGCGUUCUGAGCACCUGGGCCCGAGAAAAGAUCCCAACAGCCCCCGGGAGCCAGUCUCCAAAGCCUCCCGCAGCAGCCCGCCGCUCCCAGGUGCCCGCGUGCGCCGCUGCCGCAGCAAUCCCGCACGCGUCCCGCGCCCACCCUACUUUGCCUAUCUCCGGGACUAAGACCGAGUAAGCCUCCACCCGGGCAGGA